AAAGUGUAGGUUGAGGCUAAGUCUAAAACAUUAUUUAAAAAAAAAAUUAUAAGUAUUUUUUUCAAUUUAAAAAUUAAAAAAGUGAAAACAAAUUUAUUAAAAAAAUAUUAACUAGAGCACCCUUAAUUUUUUGUUUGAAGAGAGCACCCUUAGUUUUGAAAAUGAAUGGUUUUUUAAUUAUUUUUUUCUAAUAAAAAUGGAAUCAUAGCAAGAAAAGGAAAUCACGAAUUCCAUGUUGACUCGUAAAUUACUCGAAUACGGCCCAAGAGUAAAAUCUACCCGUUGACGAAAUAUAAUAAGCCCAAUCACAAUCAUUUGGAGGAUAUAACACGCGCUGAUCGAACGGCCAAAAAAUAAGAACAUCACGAUCUUAGCGCGAGUAGAGGUAAUGGCGAGUACAAAAUACCAGGCCAAAAUUCUCCCAGAACCACAACGGUCUCUCCGAUUUCAAAGCUCCUAAAACGAACCCACGCUUUCCCAUACUCCUUUUUUCCAUUGUCAUCUUCCCCAAGCUUCAGUAUUCUUCUGCAACUACUGCUUCAUCAGUUCACUCAAAUCGUUUCAAAACCACCAAAAAUCAGUAAACCUCUGACUGAGUCCUCUGCGUUUUGUUUUUUUCCUUGGGGAGAGAAGAAUUUUGAACCCUGAAGGUUAUUAUGCGAAGCAAUAGAGGUGAAGAAGCCAGGCACAUCAAUGGCGGUGGUAGUAGCAUUGUUAAAAGUAAAACUAGAGGUCCUGCUAGUACUUUGAAGGUUUUGAUAGAGAGGCGGUGUUUGGCUCCUCUGACAUUAAACGAAGACGUUAACGGUCACGAUGAUCGUAAUGUGAAGAGCUCUUGCAGCUCGUACCGCAAGCUUCCUCAGCUUCAGUAUCUCAAACUCUCCGUUUUGAAGCUCGAUGGAACUGUGUUUGAUGUGUUUGUUGUGAAAAAUGCUACGGUAGCAGAGCUUAAAAAAGGGGUAGAAGAAGUUUUUAGUACAUCGCCUAAAGAAGGUCAAGACAAGAUUUCCUGGUCACUAGUCUGGGGACAUUUCUGCUUAAGCUAUCAAGGUCGGAAACUAGUUAAUGACAAAGCACCAGUUCGGCAUUAUGGGAUUAAAGAAGGUGAUCAGCUUCAAUUCGUCAGGCACAUGACCAUCAAUUAUACACCAUUAAAGAAAAUUAGACCAAAGAAAGAAAGUAUUGCUUGGAAAAAAAAAUCUCAAUUGUCGUCUGGAUCAAACGACAUGAAGCUUUGUAUUAAGGGCCAGGAAAAUGAUCAAGAUAACAAUUUGAUGCAUCCCAUUAAAGAAGAAGAAGAAGAUCAAGAAAAUGCUGCUCCUCAGUUUAAGAUGGCUCAUUUCUUAAGAGGUUUACUUUCAUAUUCCAAGUUGUGGGGUUUUUCGAGAACGAGAUCAUCAUCAUCAUCAUCAUCAUCAGCAGACUGUAGUAGUAGGACCAACCGUCCUACCAGAUUCUCUCUGCAUUUUCUCAAAACGUAGUAGAAUGUUUAGGAUUUUAAGGUCACUACAAGUUGGAGAAGUUGAAACAAAAAUAGCUUCAUCUCUUAUUCAACAACGCUCUGAACUUUAGUCUUGUCUUUGGUCCCCUCGAAGAAUUUGUACAUUACGUUAUUUAGUCUUUUAAAAAGGAAAGAAAAAAAGCACUUUCAAUUGGUCCAA